UUUGGUCCGUCAGUGUUCCCAAUAGCUUCACGACAAUCGGGAUGGCGUCUCCUUGGUUAUUAGUAUUGUUCCUUCCCUGGCAGUUCACAACGGAGCCAUAUGUUUCGAAUUACGUUACAUCCGAUCUAAACCAAUAUUUAAGGACUGAUCGUUUUAAAAGUCCCAAUAAUGUAAACACAAAUACAAAUCGCAUAAACAUCCCAAACAUUAACAUCAGUCUGGCAUUAUUGCCUGGUGAUCUUGGAGGUCCUGGCGGAUCUGGUCAACCAAAUAAUGGAGGCUCUCCGAGUCCUCCCGGUUCAUCUGGCUCAUCAAAUGGUGCAAAUCCGUCAACAGAUUCUGUUGCUGGUCAACCAAAUAAUGGAGGUUCUCCGAAUCCUCCCGGUUCAUCUGGCUCAUCAAAUGGUGCAAAUCCGUCACCAGAUUCUGGAUCUGGUCAAGCAAAUAAUGGAGGCUCUCCGAGUCCUCCCGGUUCAUCUGGCUCAUCAAAUGGUGUAAAUCCGUCACCAGAUUCUGGAUCUGGUCAACCAAAUAAAGGAGGCUCUCCGAGUCCUCCCGGUUCAUCUGGCUCAUCAAAUGGUGUAAAUCCGUCACCAGAUUCUGGAUCUGGUCAACCAAAUAAUGGAGGUUCUCCGAGUCCUCCCGGUUCAUCUGGCUCAUCAAAUGGUGUAAAUCCGUCACCAGAUUCUGGAUCUGGUCAAGCAAAUAAUGGAGGCUCUCCGAGUCCUCCCGGUUCAUCUGGCUCAUCAAAUGGUGCAAAUCCGUCAACAGAUUCUGGAUCUGCUCAACCAAAUAAUGAAGUCUCUCCGAGUCCUCCCGGUUCAUCUGGCUCAUCAAAUGGUGCAAAUCCGUCAACAAAUUCUGGAUCUGCUCAACCAAAUAAAGGAGGAUCUCCGAGUCCUCCCGGUUCAUCUGGCCCAUCAAGUGGUGCAAAUCCGUCAACAGAUUCUGGAUCUGCUCAACCAAAUAAUGGAGGCUCUCCGAGUCCUCCCGGUUCAUCUGGCUCAUCAAAUGGUGCAAAACCGCCAAAAGGUUCUGGGACUGGUCUACCAAAUAAUUAUCCAAAUCCGCCAAAUAUUGGAAGCAAUGUGAAGCCUAAUCCUGGCUCACCAAAUGGUAUAGGUCCUAAUUUAAUAGAAGGGCUUGGUUCGUUCCCUAAACUUAAUCCAAACCACCCAAACAUUGGGAAUAAUUUCGGACCUAAUCUUGCCUUACCACAAAAUGUUAUAGAUCCGAUUACAGGUCUACCAACAGCGGGAGACGGUCAGAUUGCAAACCCAAGUCGGCCUGAUAUUGCAGAUGUGGAUAUUGCAAGUCUAGACGCCUUAAAUCUUACAGCUCUCCCAACACUUCCAAAGCUUAAUAUAUCACGACCAUCACUUCCCUCUAUAAUGGGCCCAAAUAUUGGAAAUAAGUUUAGACCAAUUCCUCCUGGUUCAUCUGUGAAUCCUAAUCCUAACUUAACAAAUGGCAUAGAUCCUAUUACAGGUCAACCCGUUAUUGGAGGCGUUCAGUUUCCAUCACCAAAUGUUGCCAGCCCUCCAGGUGUGAAUAUUUCACCGCCGGAAGAAUUACAUCUUUUACCUCCCCCAACACCUCCUAAGCUUGUUAUACCUCGACCAUCACUUCCUGCUUUGGUGCUCCCUAAACUGUUCCCAAAAACCUAAAAAAAAUAUUGGGAAUAAAUUGAACUCCUCCUUGCUGGAUUGAGAGUCAAAAUCCUGGCCAAUAAAAAGAGCCACAGCAUAUAAAAUGACUUUAAUUCUUGUAAUUAUAUGUAAAGGUCUUGGUAUUAAAUAGUUAAUCAUUGCAAAAA